GAGAGCCCAGGGGGGCCAGGGAUGGAUCUGGGAUCAGGCAGCAGCCAGGGUGGGGACUCGGAGACCACCUUCCAGCUGUGGCUGCAGCUGCUUCUCUGGGCCCACCUGGCUGUACGUUUCCUGGGCUACCUGCACCACACCUUCUGGGGGCCUAAGCCACAGCCAGCACCCUGAGCCUCCCUGGCCAGUGGGCAGAAGGCCCCCAGAUCACCCCAUCCCCCCCCACCCUUUAUUCUACCCUUUGCUGGAAGAGACAGGAAGCAGAGGUGAGUGUGGGGCCUCUUGAUUGAGGUUACCUGCCCCUCCCCUACCAUCAUCCCUCUCUCUGCCUGCUCCUCCUGGCACUGGCCUCCCCCGUGCCCCAUCCCCAAAUCUGACAAGCUAACAGGGCUAGUGGCACCAGAGGGGACAGAGCCUGGGCGCUCUGGUCCUUUGAGAGGCCAGAGAAGGGCCAUGCUAACAGCAAGGCACCCUAUGGAGCUACUCCGUGGG